AUGGUUAACCGGGAGUUUGCAACGACGUAUCAAGGUCGUUUCCUUGAGGAAUGGACGGCUGUGAGCGAGACGGCCAAACCCGUCAUUGCGGCAGUCAACGGGUAUGCUCUUGGCGGUGGAUGUGAGUUGGCCAUGAUGUGUGACAUAAUCUACGCCGGCGAUAAAGCACAGUUUGGACAGCCGGAGGUUAACAUUGGCACAAUUCCAGGAGCUGGUGGAACCCAGCGAUGGGCUCGUGUUGCGGGAAAAUCCAUGGCAAUGGAGGUUUGCUUGACAGGUAACCGAGUAAGCGCUCAAGAGGCGAAGGAAUGCGGAAUAGUUUCAAAGGUGUAUCCAGCUGAACAAGUGGUGGAUGAAGCAGUAAAGCUUGGUGAGAAGAUUGCAGAACAAUCACCUCUCAUCGUACAAAUGGCCAAGGAAGCUGUCAACGCCGCCUAUGAAACAACAUUGAAUGAAGGCCUUCGAAUCGAGCGGCGGCUAUUCCACACCACCUUCGCAACUAAAGACCGUAAAGAAGGCAUGAGUGCAUUCGCUGAGAAACGAUCACCAAAAUGGACCUCAUCUUAA